UUCUCUCUCUCCUCUCUCUCUCUCUCUCCUCUUCUUCUUCCUUCUCCCCACCCAUUAUAGACAAUGGAAGACUAAGAAUACAUAUAAGACAAGUUUUAGGUGGUACAACAUUCUAACAAUCUCUCAUCUUCCAUAUGCCCACACUUUGCGCCAAUCUCCAAAUUGUCCACUUAAAAUCUUGUAUAAAGAGGCUAAGCUAAUAGGAGAGUUCAUUAUUAGAUGACCCUUUUGAUGAAUAUUAUUAAUACAAGUGUUCAUCAUUAGUUUCAUGGCAAUUGCAGCAACCAUGAGCCAAGAUGAUCAUGGCAGCAUGGAUGAUGAUCAGCAUGGCCACCAAGCUGUCAUGCCCGGCUUUCGAUUCUACCCUACCGAGGAAGAACUCAUUGAGUUCUACCUUCGCCGUAGGGUAGAGGGCAAGCGUUUUAAUGUUGAGCUCAUCACUUACCUUGAUCUCUAUCGCUAUGACCCUUGGGAGCUUCCUGCAUUGGCAACAAUUGGAGAGAAGGAAUGGUUCUUCUAUGUGCCUAGAGACCGCAAGUAUCGAAACGGGGAUCGACCCAACCGUGUGACAACUUCCGGGUACUGGAAGGCUACAGGAGCUGACAGAAUGAUCCGAGCUGAGAACCUUAAGUCGAUUGGGCUGAAGAAGACCUUAGUUUUUUACUUUGGGAAAGCUCCAAAAGGAAUCAGAACUAGUUGGAUCAUGAAUGAAUAUCGUCUGCCACACCAUGAGUUUGAAAGGUUACAAAAGCCAGAGAUUUCACUGUGUCGUGUGUACAAGAGACCUGGAGUGAAAGACCACCCCUCAAUCCCUCCUUCUCUUCCAUCCCGGGCAUCCUCAUCGAGUGGCAUCCAUUCGGAUAAAAAGCUUUCCACUGAGGGAUUCCAAGCUUUUGGAGAGCAAUCAGAGCAAGUUGAGACCGAAAAAACAAGUGAAACAAGUGGAAGUAGCAGCACUGAAGUUGGGACAGCUCUCGGACUUUCCAAGCACAACUCUUGCAUUACAUUAGACCCCACGACCGCAACAGUGCUUGCACCGGCAUUGGCAACGGAAGAGGAUAGGUUGUUGCUCCACCAGUCAAGAAUACAAACGUGCUCUUUGUCCCGCGAUUGCACCACCAUAGUUACAGGCUCCUCUUUGGUUUCGCCAAAUGCAAAUGAUCAUCAUCAUGGUCUCCAUGGACUAGUGAACUAUCAACAGGCUUCAAUGUUGAAUCAUCAGCAACAAUAUCAUAAUCACCAUAACCAUCUCUUCCAAUUCUCUACUUUGCAGCCUCUACCGGGCUCACUUCAAGCUGUCUUCGCUGACAGAAUGUGGGGAUGGAACUCAAUCAGUGAGGAAAACAAGGAGUACACCAGCCCUUUUAAGUAAUCAAUGAACUGAACAUACAUACAUAUAUAUAUAUAUAUUGAUAAAAUUUCAAAUAUGAUCAUCUGUUAUUUGUAAUCAAAUCAUUAGCUGGCAUGGCUCUUAGCUUUCAUGAAUAUAUGAGGUAUUGAUCAAUAAUUUAUAUGCUGCUUUUCUUAGGGCUUUGGUUUUAACAGUACCAAAUAAGACCUUGUAGUAACUGGUUGUUUGUAAAAAUCCAGUGUUUGCUUAGUUUCA